CUCUCGAAAGCCUUCGGCGCUCUGCUUCUCGGCAAAUAGCCUGGACAGCUGUUGCCUGCGCUCGGUAAUAGCUCCCGAUGUACCAAAGUCCUCCGCAUCUUGAAGAUGUCUUAUCAUACAAAGAAUGGUCGAACCAGUAAAAGAGGCGCAUUCGUGGAAGGAGUCUGGCUUUGCGACUGUGAGCCGCGCAUGCCGGCAGACAAAUUCCAGACGAAGAACGGAGGCAAGAACCAUGGCAGAUGGUUCUAUACAUGCCAGAAGCCGCAGCACAAGCGCUGUAGCUUCUUCCUAUGGACAGACGAUGCCAAAGUCCGUGAAGAAGCAGCCGUACUGGGCAACUCGCGUUCCGAGCCAAUUGCGCAGCCUAAAACUCCUGAAAAAGCCAAGAUGACAACCAUGCCGCCGACGCCAGAUACAAGAGGUAGCAGGAUCACCUCGGGCAAGAAAGAUACAGGUAUCGAAGGUCGUCAAGAAAACGAAGAACACGAUGCAAGCUUUGAUUGGUCUUCCAGCAACGACGAGGCCUUACUGGAGGCUGAGAAAGAAGUACUAGGGGAGGCAGCACUCUUUGAGACACCCAAGAAGGCGGCUAGAACAAACUUGAUGACAUCGCCGGGGAAAAGGCUCUUUGAUGAGAUGGCUAAACCAUCUAACUUUUCUGAUAAUGCAUGGCCCUUGAGCGACGAUGUUUUCACAACACCUUCCACGUCACAUAAGUCGAGCGGCAAUGGGCUGCUCUCACCUACCCGCACGCCUGCUAAAGAGUUGUCACAACAAUCAGGUCCUGAGCUAACACCCUCCACGCUGGCGUCUGAGGCCCUCGACGUACUUUCACAAUCUCGGCUGGACUUCAGGGUGGAGAAAGACCUCGUUGAACUUCUCAACAAGCAUGAUCUUCGCACUCAGGGGAUUAUCAAGGGUCGCGAAAUCACGAGAUUAGCGAUUCAGUCGAAAGACAAGAAAAUCGCAGAGCUUCAAUCCCGUAUUGCAGUCCUUGAGGCUGAAAAAGAGACGAAUCGCACAGUGAUCAGCCAUUUGAAGCACGACAUUGCGAACUCUCCGAAGAAAGGCAGAGGCAGGGGAAGUCCCACUGCACGACGAUCCGAGGUGUGACAAAAAGACAAGGUAUAUCCUAUUGUGUGGAUGAUAUCUCUUGACAAAAGAGCCAAAUUCUGCUGUCGAGCUCUCUUCAGAUGCAGCUCUGCCCUACACACUUGGGCAUACACUUCUGAACAGGUCGCGAAAGGGCUUGACAAGUCCACUGGCGGCUGUACUGGAAGCAACAACCCUGUUUCGGUUCUGCAUACGAGGCUGGCGGAGGACAUCCCUCUUUCCCGGCAAUGGACGUCCCUCGCAAAAGACAUGUGCCAAAUUGCCUUGUUGAGGAAAACCCCACACCAGUCGAGCCGGACCUAUACUCUUGCGACUACCUGUG